AGCGGGGAGCAAAACAAUCCACGUUGACUUUCUACAGAAGCUCUCCCCCUCACUGUCACCAAAAUCGAUGCAAGAAACAUAAAGAAAGCUACUUUGGAAGAAGCAGUCACUCACCAUCCAUGGCUUGCAAGCAAAGUAACAUGAAGUCAGACGGGAUGUUUCGAUCCAGAUAUUAUCCGUUCCAAAUGAUCUAUCUGACCUUCCUUGAAUCUUCGUCGGUCAGCGAGGCCUGAGCAUAGCCAUGAGAGGCCCACACCUGUUCUUGAGGGUCGGAGUAAAGAGAGGGGUGUAUGGAUUCACCUUGUUCUUGGCUGUGCUCGCGCUUCUGCUAAGUGUCGUUACGUUCUCCAGAUUCUAUUCUCAGAGCUCUCAUUUGACCAUCAAGGCUUUUGCCAGUUAUCUGAGCGCAGAUCCCAGGCAGGUAGAAGGUGGAAUCAAUGAGACUGUGGAUGAAAUCAUCGAGAAGAUCGUCAAAGAGAUGGCACAUCUGAGGGAGACGACAACAGAUCACUCCGAACUGAUGCGCGAGAGACUUCGAUACAUCGGCUUCCUCACUGAUAUCUUAGGCCUGAUAGGGUCUGUGAAGGAACCACUGCAGCACAUCGGAAGCAGCGCUCAUCUCCGGCCGUCAGGAACAGCGGCGGUGGCUCAUCCCUUGUCGAGAAGCAACCAGCCAUACGAUGAGCUCGUCGAGUUCUUCCUGGUGGAGGAGGUAAGGAAGUACAUGAGGAUUAAGCCCAACAGGCUGGGGAAGCAGAACUUCAUGGGCGCCAAUGGAACCUUUGCGAGCAUCGGCCACGCCUGCUUCUCCAUGAAGGAGGAGAUGGAGGAGUACAUGGACUACGAUGUCGGCGACUUCUGCGAGGACGACUGGAAGCAGGCGCAGCGUCUGAUGGUGCACGGCUGCGACCCGCUCCCGCGGCGGAGGUGCUUCGCGCGGGCGCCGAAGCUGUACACCAAGCCUUUGCCCAUCAACGAGUCCACAUGGAGGUACCCCGACGACCGCAACGUCCGCUGGAGCCAUUACCGGUGCAAGAGCUUCGCCUGCCUGGCGAGGAACAGCACAGGGAAAGGCUUCUUCAAGUGCGCCGACUGCUUCAAUCUCACUCACCAUGAGAUGCCGAGAUGGACGAAGGUGGUGUAUAUCGAUCCCUCGUCGAAUUCGACACCGGAUUUCCUGGUACGGGAAGUGCUGCAGAUCAAACCGGGGGAGAUUAGAAUAGGACUGGACUUCAGCGUGGGGACGGGGAGUUUUGCUGCGAGGAUGAGGGAGUUAAACGUCACCAUCGUCACAGCUACCAUCAAUCUGGGUGCCCCUUUCAGUGAGAUGAUUGCGCUGAGAGGACUGAUCCCUCUGUACUUGACCAUAAACCAGCGGCUUCCGUUCUUCGACAACACGCUCGACAUCAUUCACACGACGAGGUUUCUUGAUGGGUGGAUGGAUUUCAUACUCCUGGACUUCGUGUUGUAUGACUGGGACAGGGUGCUGAGGCCUGGUGGUCUCCUGUGGAUCGAUAGCUUCUUCUGUCAGAGGAAGGAUUUGGAUGAUUACUUGGAGGCGUUUAAGCUGCUGAGGUACAAGAAGCACAGGUGGGUGGUGGUGCCAAAGGUGGAUAAAGAUGGCCAAGAGGUGUUCUUCUCGGCCGUGCUGGAGAAGCCACCGAGACCUUUCUAGGGUGGCAAAUCCUCUCUCUCUCUCUCUCUCUCUCUCUCUCUCUCUCUCUCUCCUUGCAAGUUCUUAAUCAUGUUGUUGAAUUUAGAUCUGUUCUAUGUUGUUCAUCAAAUCUUCAGCUUGCCCUCUCAUGCA